AUGUACUACGCGUACAUCGAACUCCUGUUCACGACAAGACUCGACGUGCGCAAGGUGAUCCUGUCCACCAGCCUUGCAGAGUCAACCAUCAACGUCGACGACGUGGUGUACGUUGUAGACACUGGUCAUCACCGAGAUCAGCGCUUCAACCCGUCCGCGGGUGUGAGCCUUCUCGGUACGUUCCCCACGUCGACGGCCAGUGUCCAGCAGGGAGCGGGUCGCGUGGGUCGUGUGCAACCUGGAGAGUCGCACCACCUGUUCACGCAAGAUGAGUUCCUCUCCUGGGACCAGUUCAAGCGCCCCGAAAUACAGACCACCGACCUAACAACGGUGGUGCUCGACUGUAAAGUUCCCCCGCCCAGAGGCACAGGCACUGCGGCGUUGUAG